ACAUGAUGAAAGAGGCUUUGGAGAAACUUCAGCUCAACAUAGUAGAGAUGAAAGAUGAGAACGCAACCUUAGAUGGUGGCGAUGUCCUGUUCACAGGCAGAGAAUUUUUUGUGGGCCUUUCCAAAAGGACAAAUCAACGAGGUGCAGAAAUCUUGGCUGAUACUUUUAAGGACUACGCCGUCUCCACAGUCCCUGUGGCUGAUACUCUGCAUCUGAAGAGUUUCUGCAGCAUGGCCGGGCCCAACCUGAUUGCAAUAGGGUCCAGUGAGCCUGCGCAGAAGGCCCUCAAGAUCAUGCAACAGAUGAGUGACCAUCGUUACGACAAACUCACUGUACCUGAUGACAUGGCCGCUAACUGUAUAUAUCUAAAUAUCCCUAACAAAGGGCACGUCUUGCUGCACCGAACCCCAGAAGAGUACCCAGAAAGUGCAAAGUUUAAACACAGUGUGACCGGCAGUGCGCACUUAGCUUACAUGCUGUCACAUUCUCGUGGUGGAGCUGCCUUUGAGAAGCUGAAAUACCAUCUGCUGAUCCCUGUGAGCAAUUCUGAAAUGGAAAAGGUGGACGGUUUGCUCACCUGCUGUUCCAUUUUUAUUAACAAGAAGAUAGACUCCUGAGCCCAAGAGCCCCUCCCCGGUGGCCAGCAAGGUGGCCAGGCCAGGCUGAUGACUCUGUGCCCACUCCUCUUGUUUUCCUUGACAAUCUACUGUGCCACUGUGCUACUAACUCUUGUUUACAGAAAACAAAAUUAAUUCCGAUUUUAACUGCUUCAUUUUCCACACUCUCCCUCACCUCGCCGUGGCACCUAACCUGUGGAUUGCUAAAUGAAUUAAGCAACCUAGAAAAUACAGAAUUAAUGAAUUAUUAAAAAUGUGAUUAAUGGUGUGGAAACACUCAGUUCAGUGUUUGUGUGACUGGUGUGGAAAUAGUUUAGUUGCAGAGUAUUCUAAAGACCGCCUCCCUGAUCAGCAAGAUAAGUGAGGGACUUUUCUCCUCUGUAUCAUGAGUCACAUUUGGUUCCUGUGAAAUUCCCUGGCCCAUGGAUUUU